UCCUGAAACCGGAGCGCGGGCUGGCCCUGCCCCGCCCCCGAGUCGAGGAAGGCGGCCCCGCCGGCCCCAGCACCCGCCCCAGUCCCCAGUGGCAGCAGCAGCCUCCUCCGGUGGUGCCUUCCGUGGGCUCCCCGCGCUCCGGCUCCGACCGGCCCCGCCGACCUGCCGCGAUGCGGGGUCAGCCGCCUGCGCCCCCGGGCCCCGCGCUGCCCCUGGCCUUGGCCUUGGCUCUGUGGGCCGGCGCCUCCUCUGCGGCCUCCUUCUUUGGGGAGAACCACCUGCAGGUGCCGGUGACCACAGCUCUGAGCAACAUAGACCUCCGGCUACAAUUCUCCACGUCCCAGCCUGAAGCCCUGCUCCUCCUGGCAGCAGGCCAAGCUGACCACCUCCUCCUGCAGCUUCACUCCGGAUACCUGCAGGUCAGACUCACCCUGGGCCAGGAGGAGCUGAGGCUGCAGACCCCAGCUGAGACUCCGCUGAGCGACUCCGCCAUCCACUCCGUGGAGCUGACUGUGUCAGACAGCGAGGCCUCGUUGUCCGUCGAUGGGCUUCUGAACGCCUCAGCCCCCGUCCUGGGAGCUCCCCUGGAGGUCCCCUAUGGGAUCUUCCUGGGGGGCACUGGGAGCCUGAACCUGUCCUACCUGAUGGGAGCCAGCCGGCCCCUCAGGGGCUGCCUGCACACCGCCACCGUCAACGGCCGCAACCUCCUCCGACCACUGACCCCUGACGUGCACGAGGGCUGCGCUGAAGAGUUUUCUGCUGAUGACAGCGUGGCUCUGGGCUUCUCUGGGCCCCACUCGCUGGCUGCCUUCCCUGCCUGGAACACUCGGGAGGAGGGCACCCUGGCGUUCAUACUCACCACUCGGAGCCGACAGGCACCCCUGGCUUUCCAGGCCGGGGGCCGGCACGGGGAUUUCAUCUACGUGGACAUAUUUGAGGGCCACCUGCGGGCUGUGGUGGAGAAGGGCCAGGGCACCGUGUUGCUCCACAACAGUGUGCCCGUGGCCGACGGGCUACCCCAUGAGGUCAGUGUCCACGUGGAUGCUCACCAGCUGGAAAUCUCCGUGGACCAGUACCCCACACGGACUUCCAACCGUGGGAUCCUCAGCUACCUGGAACCCCGCGGCAGUCUCCUCCUGGGGGGGCUGGACACAGAGGCUUCCCGCCACCUUCAGGAACACCGCCUGGGCCUGGCCUCAGGGGCCGUCAACGUCUCCCUCCUGGGCUGCAUGGAGGACCUCAGCAUCAACGGCCAGAGGCAGGGGCUCCGGGAAGCCUCGCUGACUCGCAGCAUGGUGGCCGGCUGCAGCCUGGAGGAAGACGAGUACGAGGAGGACACCUACGGCACCUAUGAAGCUCUCUCCACCCUGGCACCGGAGGCCUGGUCUGCCGUGGAGCUGCCCGAGCCCUGUGUGCCCGAACCAGGGCUGCCUCCCGUCUUUGCCAACUUCACCCAACUGCUGACCGUCAGCCCGCUGGUGGUGGCCGAGGGGGGCACAGCCUGGCUUGAGUGGCGGCACCUCCAGCCCACGCUGGACCUGAGCGAGGCCGAGCUGCGUAAAUCCCAGGUGCUGUUCAGCGUGAGCCGUGGGGCCCGCCACGGGGAGCUUGAGCUGGACGUCCCGGGAGCCCAGGCACGGAAAAUGUUCACCCUCCUGGACGUGGUGAACCGCAAGGCCCGCUUCGUCCACGAUGGCUCAGAGGAGACCUCCGACCAGCUGAUGCUGGAGGUGUCCGUGACCGCCAGGGGCCCUGUGCCCUCCUGCCUCCGGAGGGGCCAGACUUACAUCCUGCCCAUCCAGAUAAACCCGGUCAAUGACCCACCCCAAAUCAUCUUCCCCCACGGCAGCCUCAUGGUGAUCCUGGAACACACACAGAAGCCCCUGGGGCCCGAGGUCUUCCAGGCCUACGACCCAGACUCUGCCUGCGAGGGCCUCACCUUCCAGCUCCUUGGCACCGCCCCGGGCCUCCCGGUGGAGCGCCAGGAGCAGCCCGGGGAGCCAGCCACCGAGUUCUCCUGCCGGGAGCUGGAGGCGGGCGGCCUGGUCUACGUGCACCGGAGCGGGCCCGCCCAGGACCUGACGUUCCGCGUCAGCGACGGGCUGCAGGCCAGCGCUCCGGCCACGCUGCAGGUGGUGGCGGUCCGGCCCAGCAUCCGGGUCCGCCACAACACGGGGCUGCGCCUGGCCCAGGGCUCCGCCGCCCCCGUGCUGCCCGCCAAUCUGUCGGUGGAGACCAACGCGGUGGGGCAGGAUGUGAGUGUGCUGUUCCGAGUCGCUGCGGCCCUGCGGUUCGGGGAGCUGCAGAAGCAGGGUGCAGGGGGUGCUGAGGGCGCGGAGUGGCGCCCGGUGCAGGCCUUCCAGCAGCGGGACGUGGAGCAGGGCCGCGUGAGGUACCUGAGCACCGACCCGCAGCACCGCACGGAGGACGCUGUGGAGCGCGUGGCCCUGGAGGUUCAGGUGGGCCAGGAGACCCUGAGCAAUCUGUCCUUCCUGGUGACGAUCCAGAGAGCCACCGUGCGGCUGUUGCGGCUUGAGCCCCUGCGCACCCACACCACCCAGCAGGAGGCGCUCACCGGCGCGCACCUGGAGGCCGCUCUGGAGGAGGGGGCGGGCCCCAGCCCCACCACCUUCCACUACGAGCUGGUUCAGGCCCCCAGGAAGGGUAACCUCAGGCUGCAGGGCGCCCGGCUGUCCGAGGGGCAGGGCUUUACCCAGGAUGACCUGCAGGCCGGCCGGGUGACCUAUGGGGCCACGGCACGCACCUCGGAGACCGUGGAGGACGCCUUCCGUUUCCGCGUCACCGCUCCGCCACAUUUCUCCCCGCUCUACACCUUCCCUGUCCACAUCGGGGGUGACCCCGACGCCCCCGUCCUCACCAACGUCCUCCUCUCUGUGCCCGAGGGAGGCGAGGGCGUCCUCUCCGCAGAACACCUGUUCGUCAAGAGCCUCAACAGCGCCAGCUACCUCUAUGAGGUCAUGGAGCGGCCCCGCCACGGGCGGCUGGUCUGGAGGGGGGCGCAGGACGAGGCCACCGCGGUGACAUCCUUCACCAAUGAGGACCUGCUGCAAGGCCGGCUGGUCUACCAGCAUGACAACUCCGAGACCACGGAAGACGACAUCCCCUUCGUGGCAACCCGCCAGAGUGAGGGCAGCGGCGGCCUGGCCUGGGAGGAGGUCCGGGGCGUCUUCCGCGUGGCCAUCCAGCCCGUGAACGACCACGCUCCCGUGCAGACCAUCAGCCGCGUCUUCCACGUGGCCCGGGGCGGGCGGCGGCUACUGACGACAGAUGACGUGGCCUUCAGUGACGCCGACUCCGGCUUCGCCGACGCGCAGCUGGUGCUGACCCGCAAGGACCUUCUCUUCGGCAGCAUCGUGGCCGCGGACGAGCCCACGCGGCCCAUCUACCGCUUCUCCCAGGAGGACCUCCGGAAGAGGCGCGUCCUGUUCGUGCACUCCGGGGCCGACCGCGGCUGGAUCCAGCUGCAGGUGUCCGACGGGCAGCACCAGGCCACCGCGCUGCUUGAAGUGCAGGCAUCCGAGCCCUAUCUCCGUGUGGCCAAUGGCUCCAGCCUCGUGGUCCCUCAGGGGGGCCAGGGCACCAUCGACACAGCCGUGCUCCGCCUGGACACCAACCUAGACAUCCGCAGUGGGGAUGAGGUCCGCUACCGUGUCACAGUCGGCCCACACUGGGGGCAGCUGCUCCGGGCCGGCCAGCCGGCCACAGCCUUCUCCCAACAGGACCUGCUGGACGGGGCCGUCCUCUACAGCCACAACGGCAGCCUGAGCCCGCAGGACACCCUGGCCUUCUCCGUGGAGGCAGGGCCUGUGCUCACGGAUGCCACCCUGCAGGUGACCAUUGCCUUGGAGGGGCCAUUGGCCCCACUGCAUCUGGUCCAGAACAAGAAGAUCUACGUCUUCCAGGGGGAGGCAGCUGAGAUCAGAAAGGAUCAGCUGGAGGCAGCGCAGGAGGCAGUGCCGCCCACCCAAAUUGUGUUCUCGGUGAAGACCCCGCCACGGGCCGGCUACCUGGUGAUGCUGUCCCGCGGCGCCUCCGUGGCCGGGCCGCCCAGCUGGGACCCCGUGCAGAGCUUCUCCCAGGAGGCGGUGGACGCCGGCAGGGUCCUGUACCUCCACUCCCGCCCCGAGGCCUGGAGUGACGCCUUCUCCCUAGACGUGGGCUCAGGCCUGGGUGCGCCCCUUGAGGGUGUCCGCGUGGAGCUGGAGGUGCUGCCCACCACCAUCCCACUGGAGGCACAGAACUUCAGUGUCCCCGAGGGUGGCAGCCGCGCGCUGGCCCCCCCGCUGCUCCGCGUCGCCGGGCCCUACUUCCCUGCGCUGCCCGGCCUCGAGCUGUUGGUCCUUGAGCCGCCCCUGCAUGGGGCCCUGCGGAGAGAGGAGGCCCCUCAAGCGGGGACCCUCAGCGCUUUCUCCUGGAAAGAGGUAGAACAGCAGCAGAUCCGCUAUGUGCACGACGGGAGUGAGACGCUGACAGACAGCUUCACCCUAGUGGCUAACGCCUCCGAGCUGGACCGCCAGAGCCACCCUGUGGCUUUCACCAUCACCGUCCUGCCCAUCAAUGACCAACCGCCCAUCCUCACCGCAAACACAGGCCUAACGAUGUGGGAGGGGGCCACCGUGCCCUUCCCUCCGGAGGCCCUGAGGGGUGCAGAUAGCGACUCGGGCCCGGAGGACCUGGUCUACACCAUCGAGCCACCCAGCAAUGGGCAGGUGGUGCUGCGGGCAGUGCCAGGCACUGAGGUGCACAGCUUCACGCAGGCCCAGCUGGACGACGGGCUCGUGCUGUUCUCACACAGAGGAGCCCUGGAUGGAGGCUUCCACUUCAGCCUGUCCGACGGCGAGCACACUUCCUCCGGACACUUCUUCCGCGUGACGGCCCAGAAGCAGCUGCUCCUCUCCCUGGAGGGCAGCCGGAUGCUGACUGUGUGCCCAGGGUCGGUCCAGCCGCUCAGCAGCCAGAGCCUGAGAGCCAGCUCCAGUGCCGGCACCGAUCCGCAGCACCUGCUCUACAGGGUGGUGCAGGGCCCCCGGCUGGGCCGCCUGCUCCGCGCCCAGCAGGGCAGCACCGGGGAGGUCCUGGUGAACUUCACGCAAGCCGAGGUAUACGCGGGGGAUGUUGUGUAUGAGCACAAGAUGCCUGCUGAGCCCUUCUGGGAGGUCCACGACGCCCUGGAGCUCCGGCUGUCCUCGCCCCCCGCCCCCGACGUGGCCGCCACCCUGGAGGUGGCCGUGUCCUUCGAGGCCGCCUGCCCGCAGCGCCCCAGCCGCCUCUGGAGGAACGAGGGUCUCUGGGUGGCCGAGGGCCAGCAGGCGGACAUCACCAGCGCCGCCCUGGACGCCUCCAACCUGCUGGCCCGCGUCCCCCCCGCGCUGCGCGCCCGGCACGACGUGCUGUUCCAGGUGACGCGGUUCCCGGCGCGGGGCCGGCUGCUGCUGGCGGGGCGGGCGCUGCACGCGGGCCGGCCGCACUUCCUGCAGUCGGAGCUGGCGGCGGGGCGCCUGGCCUACGCGCACGGCGGCGGGGGCGCGCAGCCCGACGGCUUCGGCUUCCGCGCGCAGCUGCAGGGCCCCGCGGACGCCGGGCCGGGCGCGCUCCCCGCGCUCCCCGCGCUCCCCGACGAGGCCUUCGCCGUGCGCGUGGGGGCCGCGGCGGCCGAGCCGCUGCGCCUGCCCCGCGGCUCCCGCGCGCCCGUGUCCCGCGCGCAGCUCCGCGUGCAGCUCCCGGGCGCCGCGCCCGCCGACGUGCAGUACGAGGUGCGGCGCGCGGCCCCCGGCGGCUUCCUGAGCCUCGCGGGCGCGGGCGCGGGCCCGGUGCGCCGCUUCUCGCAGGCCGACGUGGACGCGGGCCGCCUGGCCUUCGUGGCCAACGGCAGCAGCGUGGCGGGCGUGCUGCAGCUGAGCGCGUGGGCCGGCGCCAGCCCGCGCGUGCCCGUGGCGCUGGCCGUGGACGUGCUGCCCGCCGCCAUCGAGGUGCAGCUGCGCGCGCCCCUGGAGGUGCCGCAGGCGCUGGGGCGCUGCGCGCUCGGGCCGCGGCAGCUGCGCGUCGUGUCGGACCGCGCCGAGCCCGAGGCCGCCUACCGCGUGACCCGGGCGCCGCGCUUCGGGCAGCUCCUGGUGGCCGGCAGGCCGGCCGGCGCCUUCAGCCAGCGGCAGGUGGACCGCGGCGACGUGGAGUUCGCCUUCACCGACCUGUCCUCCCCGCGCGACCGCUUCGCCGUCCUGGCCCACGCGCGGGGCGCCAACGCCUCGGCCACGGUGGACGUCACGGUCGCGGCGCUGCUGCGGGUCGGGCCCCGGGGGCCGUGGCCGCAGGGCGCCACCCUGCGCCUGGACCCGGCCGUCCUGGACGCCGCCGAGCUGGCCAACCGCACGGGCGGAGAGCCGCGCUUCCGCCUGCUGGCCGGGCCCCGGCUGGGCCGCCUGGUGCGCGUGGCCCGCGCGGGGCCGGAGCCCGUGGAGCAGUUCACGCAGCGGGACCUGGAGGGCGGGAGGCUGGGGCUGCAGCUGGGCCGCGCCCCCGGCCCCACGGGCGACAGCCUCACGCUGGAGCUGUGGGCGCCCGGCGUCCCCCCGGCCGUGGCCUCCCUGGACUUCCACACCGAGCCCUACGACGCAGCCCGACCCUACGGCGUGGCCCUGCUCAGCCUCCCCGAGGAAGCCGGGGGACCCGACAGCGGCGCCGCUGCCACGGGCCAGCCGGGCGCACCCGGCCCCAGCCCUGGACCCACCGCGGCCAGCGGCGGCUUCCUGGGCCUCCUGGAGGCCAACAUGUUCAGCAUCAUCAUCCCCGUGUGCCUGGUCCUCCUGCUCCUGGCCCUGCUCCUGCCGCUGCUCUUCUACCUGCGCAAGCGGAACAAGACGGGCAAGCACGACGUCCAGGUGCUGACCGCCAAGCCCCGCAACGGCCUGGCCGGCGACACCGAGACCUUCCGUAAGGUGGAGCCGGGCCACGCCAUCCCGCUCACGGCCGUGCCCGGCCAGGGGCCCCCGCCAGGCGGCCAGCCUGACCCAGAGCUGCUGCAGUACUGUCGGACACCCAACCCCGCCCUCAAAAACGGCCAGUACUGGGUGUGAGGCCUGGCCCCGGGCCCUGAUGCAGAUCAGGCCAGGGACAGGCUCGCUCGGGCCCCGGCCCCAUCGCUCCCGGGCCCCCGGGGGCUGCUGAGCAUCCCCCAGAGCCGGAGACACCCGGGGACG